AUGUUGCACAGCACUGUGCGCCUUCUUUGCGUCCUUGCCUGCGCUGCCCUCGCUGCGCUCGCGACGGAGAAAUGCGAGGGAAGGUGCCCGGACGAGCCCGACUUAAAUGCCCUGCUGACAAUGAAGAAGCAAGGAUUUCCCUGGCGAAGUCGUCGGCACUUCUGGGGCCGGAACGGGUACUACUCGGACUACUACUCGAAGGCCCAAGCAACGACCACGACGAUGCAGGCCCAAGAUACCAGCACGACGAUGGAGGCUCCGCCGGGUGAUCAGCCCAUUACCGGCUGCUCCUUUGGAAUCGAUGCGGAUGCGCCGGCGCUUGUCAUCUCGGCGGUGGGCCAAAUCUCGGUGACGCAGUCAUUAUUUUUCAUCCUUGUGCAGCUGACCGCGCUGACGAAUAUCACGAACCUGAGCACUUUCUCCCUUGCCGUGUCCGGAAACAACUCAACUGGAACCGGUCGCAUCAUCCGAACAGUGCCCCUGCCUUCCCAGAGCCUUGAGGCAGGCCAACCUUUCUUUCCUGUUGACGACGACGGCACGCAGUCGAUCGCCUUCUUCAGCUUCUGGGGUUUUCAGGCCGAUGUCGAGCUCCCGGACAUCCAAUACAACCCUAUCGGGGAAGUGGAAGUAAUCGACGCCUGGUUCGAUCUGCUCGAGGUGCGAAAUUCAGACGGCGUGACGAUUGAUGUGUGGAAAGGAUCAGGGGAAUCCCGACGUGAAUGCAAGUGA